AUGACAGAAAAGAAGGCUCAUGAUGUGUUUACUAAGAGGCAGACCUGCAUCUGGAUGGCCAAUAGUGGCCAUGAGAAGGAGAAACUACGAGGGUACUUCACAAGCUCCUCCCCUGAAGAUUCUGAUUCAAUUGGUCUGGGGCAGGAAUCUUACCCCAGUGCUCCCACAAACAUAGUGAACAUUCCUAAAACACGCCAGACUGUCUGUAAGAAGUUUGGCAAGCACCAACCCCACAAAGUGACACAGUGCAAGAAGGGCGAGGAUUCUCUGUAUGCCCAGGGAAAGUGGUGUUAUGACAGGAAGCAGAGUGGCUAUGGUGGGCAGACUAAGACAAUUUUCUGGAAAAAGGCUAAAACUAUGAAGAAGAUUGUGCUGAGGCUUGAGUGUGUUGAGCCUAACUGCAGAUCUAAGAGAAUGCUGGCUAUUAAGAGAUGCAAGCAUUUUGAACUGGGAGGAGAUAAGAAGAGAAAGGGCCAAGUGAUCCAGUUCUAAGCUUCAUCAUUUGUUAUAU